CCCAUACCCUUUGAUCACAUGAUGUAUGACCACCUACAGAAAUGGGGUCCUCGUAGGGAAGAGGUAAAAUUUUUUCUUCGUCAUGAGGAGUCACCAGCCGAAAGUAAUGAACAGAGUGGACGUCAAGCCCAAAAUCAAAGAAAUGGCAUAAAUAUACCUGUGGAGAAACGUACAGAGAAUGGGGUUGGGAAUCCACGUGUUGAGCUCACUCUUUCUGAACUUCAAGAUAUGGCUGCCCGGCAACAGCAGCAGAUUGAAAAUCAACAGCAAAUGUUGGUUGCUAAGGAACAACGUUUGCGUUAUCUGAAGCAGCAAGAACGUCGUCAGCAGCAGUCGGUUUCUGAGAGUGAAAAGCUUCAAAAACUUAAAGAACGUGUUGAAACCCAGGAGACAAAGCUGAAAAAAAUCCGUGCCAUGAGAGGACAAGUGGACUACAACAAGAUCAUGAAUGGCAAUCUAUCAACUGAAAUUGAGCAUAUAAGUGCCAUGUUCCAGGAAAAGCAGCAGGAGCUACAGGCUGCAGUGUUAAAAGUGGAUCAACUUACUCAGCAACUGGAGGAUUUAAGGAAAGGGAAACUGAAUGGGUUUCAGUCUUACAAUGGACAAAUGACAGGACCUGCAGCAGUAGAAUUAAAGAAGUUGUAUCAAGAGCUACAGAUUCGUAACAGGCUUAACCAGGAGCAGAACUCCAAGCUUCAGCAGCAGAAAGAACUCUUAAACAAACGUAAUAUGGAGGUGGCUAUGAUGGACAAGCGAAUCAAUGAGCUGCGUGAACGACUGUACAAGAAAAAAGUUGAGGCACGUCAAAAAGAAAACAUUCCUUUGAAUCGUAUUAAUGGAACUUCAUCACCCCAGUCAUCCUUGAGUGCUUCAGGAAGGGUGGCAGCAGUAGGACCUUACAUCCAAGUUCCAAGUGCUGGCACUUACGCUGUACCGGUAGAUCCAGUUAAACCACAGUCUCUUACCAUUGCUUCUAGCUCAACACAUGGAAGAUCAAAAUCUGCUAAUGAUGGAAAUUGGCCAAUACUUAAACAGAGCUCAACCCCUGUGGUAAAACCCCCUCAGAUCUCCAACACAGACUGGAAAGAAUCAAGCAUGGAUACUGCUUUAAAACAAGGAACUAUAUCCAGCCAGCCUUUGCCAACUUCAGUAUUAGGAAGUACUGACAAGCUGGGUCUUGACCUGGGGAAGGUGCCACCAACAAUUCCUGGUGUAAGCAAGCAGUUGCCUCAAAACUAUGGGACCUAUCCAAGUCCAGUUCCCUUAGGAACAGGUUCUACAAAUUCUCUAGAAAGAAGAAAGGAUGGCAGUCUGCCCAGACCUGGCACCAGUAUAACAAAUCGGCAAAGACCUGUUCCACUUCCGCCGCCAAGCAAUAUACAUCAGCCCAGUUCUUCACAACAGAUUCAACAGAGAAUUUCUGUACCUCCCAGCCCUACAUAUCAACCUUCCGGUCCCCCCUUGUUUCCAGGAGGAGAUGGCAGGCCAGAACUCCCUUUAACUGUGGCAAUCAGACCUUUUCUAGCUGAUAAAGGAUCAAGACCUCAGUCUCCCAGAAAAGGGCCACAGACAGUGAACUCCAGUUCCAUCUACUCAAUGUAUCUUCAGCAAGCAACACCACCAAAGAAUUAUCAACAAGCUGUAUACAAUACCUUAAAUAAGUCAGUAAAAGCAGUUUAUGGAAAACCUGUAUUACAAUCUGGUUCAACUUCUCCCUCACCCUUGCCAUUCCUUCAUGGUUCUUUGCCUGCCCAAACUUCCUCACAGCCACAAUCUCAGCCUCAGACUGAGGUCUCUGAAAAAGAUCAAGAGCUGGAAAAUGCUCCACCAUCCAGUGAAAAUAGCAAUGUGGAAAACAUUCCUCGUCCUCUCAGUCCUACUAAGCUCACGCCUAUUGUGCAUUCACCCCUACGAUAUCAAAGUGAUGCUGACCUUGAAGCUCUGAGAAGAAAAUUGGCCAAUGCUCCUAGGCCAUUAAAGAAGCGUAGUUCUAUCACUGAACCAGAAGGCCCAAGUGGACCAAAUAUACAAAAAUUAUUGUAUCAGCGCUUUAACACUCUUGCUGGAGGAAUAGAAAGUGCUCCUUUUUAUCAGCCAAGCAAUCCACAGGACUUCAUAGGCAUCUUAGCUGAUGUUGAUAAUGGUAAUGCUAGUACCAAUGGCAAUAUUGAAGAACCUAUUUCUGUGCAACCGACAGUUCCUCUUCCUGAUGAGCCACCCCCUUCGUCAGAUGCCAAUGAUAAUGAAUUACCUUCUCCUGCUACUGAGGAACUGAUAAGCACUGAAACCACAAAUCAAACAUCUGAGACAACUGAAGAUAACAACAACAAUCCUGCUAUAGUUCCUUCUACUGAACAGUCAUCCAGUCCCACGCCCGAGGUCAGUUCUCCAGUAGAAGAUGAAGCUCCUUUGCCUCCUGCUCUUCCUCCUCCACUUCCUCCAGUAAGUAACAAAACAAAACGUACCAACUUGAAGAAACCUAACUCAGAAAGAACAGGCCAUGGUUUGAGAGUGAAGUUCAAUCCGUUGGCCCUCCUCCUAGAUGCUUCUUUGGAGGGAGAAUUCGAUCUUGUACAACGAAUCAUAUAUGAGGUUGAUGAUCCCAGCAAACCAAAUGAUGAAGGAAUUACACCUUUGCAUAAUGCAGUGUGUGCUGGUCAUCACCACAUUGUGAAAUUCCUGCUUGAUUUUGGUGUAAAUGUAAAUGCAGCAGAUAGUGAUGGGUGGACACCCUUGCAUUGUGCAGCUUCUUGCAAUAGUGUUCAUCUCUGUAAACUACUGGUUGAAUCUGGGGCAGCUAUUUUUGCUUCAACGAUAAGUGAUAUAGAAACUGCUGCAGACAAAUGUGAGGAGAUGGAAGAAGGUUAUAUUCAGUGCUCCCAGUUCUUGUAUGGAGUGCAAGAGAAGUUGGGAGUGAUGAAUAAAGGAGUGGUGUACGCUCUGUGGGAUUAUGAAGCCCAGAAUAAUGACGAGUUGUCAUUCCAUGAGGGCGAUGCCAUUACUAUUCUAAGACGCAAGGAUGACGCUGAAACAGAGUGGUGGUGGGCCCGCCUCAAUGAUAAAGAAGGCUAUGUGCCUAAAAAUCUUCUUGGGUUAUAUCCACGAAUAAAACCUAGACAGCGAACCCUUGCUUGAAUUCACUUGUACAACAGUGCAAUACUGUGCUGGUAACUGGAAACUUAAAACAUACACUGGAGCCAUCAUUUUUUAUCAUUUCACACAGAGAAAUAAAACUAUGAUAUUUAGUUUUAAUGGUGCUUUCUCUUGUUAAAUGGACAGCAUCCAAGAUUUUCAAGAUCUGCAGUUUAUAAAUGAGGAUCGUUUUUAUGUGACCCACCACUGAUGAGGAGAGCGAUACCUCCACUACCUACAGUGUUGCGCCAACUAUCAUCUAAAGCAGUGUUUUAAGUUAAAGUUCCACGGUAGGAGCUUUCUUGUGUUAAAUGUUCAGAGGUGUCAUUUGCGGAGUGCAGAUAUUCUGUCCAGUUUGCUCCAACCCCACAGUAACUGUCCCACAUCAGGAUUUUGGAUAUUUUGUUCGAUACCAGUGAAUGUUGAGUUCUCAUUACUGAUCAACUCUUUGGGUUCUAGGACACAAGAUUUUCACCUAUUACGUGCAUAAUUAAGCUUUACGAAGGCUAGGAUUUUAAGUAGUAACAUGCUAUACACUUAAAUCCUAGUCUAGACAACCCCAACAAAAGCUUUACGUAGUCUAGCAUCUAGUAUUAUUUGCAUUUAGAAUCAAGCUAGAGAACUAACAUAACAGCAGUAUUUGUACACUUCUCAAAACCCCCACACAGUAUUUCACUUGGUGUUUUAUUUUCUCAUUAUUCAGCCUACAGCACCAGUGUUACCUCUACUAAUGUAAAGGUUCCCCUGCUAGCCACCUGAGCUUGUCCAUCCCGGACAAAACAAUUAGUACUGAACUUGCAGCAGCUUAAGGGAUUUGUACGUCUGCAUGGAUGAAAGUGCAAUAGUUGAAAAGGGUAAGAGUCCGGUAAGGGUUGUUUAGAGAAGGACUGAAGAAAGGCAAUAGCUUAUUUGAGGACAGUUUCUGUGGUUCUUGGCAGCCUACAUCUGUUGCCAAGGCAAGUUAUGCAAUAACCUAUUCCACUACAUUGUCGUUUCAAGAAAAAAAAA